AUGCCACACACCAAGGCUAAUGGAGAGGUAGGAGACAAACAGACUGGUACCCAGGCUAACGGAGAGGUAGGAGACAAACAGACUGGUACCCAGGCUAACAGAGAGGUAGUUGACAAGCAGACUGGUACCCAGGCUAACAGAGAGGUAGGAGACAAACAGACUGGUACCCAGGCUAACAGAGAGGUAGUUGACAAACAGACUGGUACCCAGGCUAACAGAGAGUUAGGAGACAAACAGACUGGUACCCAGGCUAACAGAGAGGUAGUUGACAAACAGACUGGUACCCAGGCUAACGGAGAGUUAGGAGACAAACAGACUGGUACCCAGGCUAACGGAGAGGUAGGAGACAAACAGACUGGUACCCAGGCUAACAGAGAGUUAGGAGACAAACAGACUGGUACCCAGGCUAACGGAGAGGUAGGAGACAAACAGACUGGUACCCAGGCUAACAGAGAGUUAGGAGACAAACAGACUGGUACCCAGGCUAACGGAGAGGUAGGAGACAAACAGACUGGUACCCAGGCUAACGGAGAGUUAGGAGACAAACAGACUGGUACCCAGGCUAACGGAGAGUUAGGAGACAAACAGACUGGUACCCAGGCUAACAGAGAGUUAGGAGACAAACAGACUGGUACCCAGGCUAACGGAGAGGUAGGAGACAAACAGACUGGUACCCAGGCUAACAGAGAGGUAGGAGACAAACAGACUGGUACCCAGGCUAACAGAGAGGUAGGAGACAAACAGACUGGUACCCAGCCUAACAGAGAGUUAGGAGACAAACAGACUGGUACCCAGGCUAACGGAGAGUUAGGAGACAAACAGACUGGUACCCAGGCUAACGGAGAGGUAGGAGACAAACAGACUGGUACCCAGGCUAACAGAGAGGUAGGAGACAAACAGACUGGUACCCAGGCUAACAGAGAGGUAGGAGACAAACAGACUGGUACCCAGCCUAACAGAGAGUUAGGAGACAAACAGACUGGUACCCAGGCUAACAGAGAGGUAGGAGACAAGCAGACUGGUACCCAGGCUAACGGAGAGGUAGGAGACAAGCAGACUGCUCCUCUCCAGAUCCUGGCCAUCCUGUCUAUCUUGUUCAUAAUUCUCUCCACUAUCGCCUUGUCCCUCAACACCCUGCCAGAGCUCCAGGUGCUAGAUGAGUUCGGCCAGGCCAACGACAACCCCCAGCUGGCCCAUGUUGAAGCCAUCUGCAUCGCCUGGUUUACCAUGGAGUACCUCCUCCGCUUCCUCUCUUCACCCGACAAGUGGAAGUUCUUCAAAGGUCCCCUGAACAUCAUUGACCUGCUGGCCAUCCUCCCUUACUAUGUCACCAUCUUCCUGACGGAAUCCAACAAGAGCGUUCUACAGUUCCAGAACGUUCGGCGUGUGGUGCAGAUAUUCCGGAUCAUGAGAAUAUUGAGGAUUUUGAAGCUGGCCAGGCAUUCCACAGGGCUGCAGUCUCUAGGUUUCACCCUGAGGAGGAGUUACAACGAGCUGGGCCUGCUCAUCCUCUUCCUGGCCAUGGGCAUUAUGAUCUUCUCCAGCCUCGUCUUCUUCGCCGAGAAGGACGAAGACGCCACCAAGUUCACCAGCAUCCCCGCCUCCUUCUGGUGGGCCACCAUCACUAUGACUACGGUGGGUUACGGUGACAUCUACCCUCAGACUCUGCUGGGUAAGAUAGUUGGGGGUCUCUGCUGUAUCGCCGGGGUGUUGGUCAUCGCUCUGCCCAUCCCCAUUAUCGUCAACAACUUCUCCGAGUUCUACAAGGAGCAGAAGAGGCAGGAGAAGGCCAUAAAGAGGCGGGAGGCUCUGGAGAGGGCCAAGAGGAACGGUAGUAUCGUCUCCAUGAACCUGAAGGACGCGUUCGCCCGGAGUAUGGAGCUGAUGGAUGUAGUCGUGGAGAAAGGAGGAGAGGACAAACUCUGUGUGGGCCUGGACAACCACCUGUCCCCCAGUCGCUGGGCCGGCACACCCAAAUGCGCCGCCUCUGACACCAGUCUUCAUUCCCUGGAUAAGACGUUCCCCGAAUCCAUCCUCCUGGGGUCCACCCACCGCAUCACCAUCACCACCAGCAGCAGCCACCAGCGGCGGCACCUCGGUAGCCCUCAGUUCAGAGGCGGUAUCCCCGAAUUCAGAGGCGGUACCUCUCAGCUUCUUAACGCUCAGAACCUAGAGACCAUGUACAACCAGAUGGCCAGGUCUCAGUCCUUCACUAACCUCAACACUUCCUGCUCCCUGAGCACCAUGAGCACCUCAACCGCCUUCACCGCCACGACAACCCCAGAGUUGCAGCAGCACCAGCACCCAGGGUCCCCUCCUGCCUCGGCCCCGACCUUACAGAAAAUAGAACUGGAGAUGCAGGAAGUCCCGCACUCUUCUUCUUCGAUGGAGCCCUUGCUGAAGGAAGGUGAAGGAAUUCAGAGCCUGCCCAGCGUGGAUAGCAUCACCAGCUGCAGGGACGAGUUUGGGGAGGGCUCUGUAUAUGGAAGGAAGUUCCCUCCGUCUCUGGACCUCCUCCCAGAGUCGAGGGUCGAUGACAUCCAAAGCCCCCAAGAUGCCACCCUCCUCAAAGACAGGAUGUAUGGGUUUGUUCCCUAUGACCAAGAUGGUGCCACAAAGUCCCCCAGAGACGACGCAGAGAGCUUCAACAGAACUGUCGAGAACAUCCGGAACUCCCUGAGAGGCAGCAUCAACCCUGUCGUCAAGGGAACCAAAGGGUUAAAGGUCAUUUUCAUCGAGGGCCCCCCCACCGAAGCCCCCCCGACGCCACCCAGCACCACCUCACCCCAGGACAUCAGCUCCAGCCUCCUGGAGGAUGAGUCCCCUGAGGGGGAGAGCACACCGCUCCUCCCCAGCACAGGGGCCCUCGACCUGGGCACAGAAGAUAAGAUCUUCCCCCUGUCCCCUGAGAGGCUGAUGGUAGUGGUGGACACCCCACCAGGGGACGAGGACACCCCGGACCAGAGUCUCGGGGCUCAAGGGUUGGCCAAUGAGGAGAAGAACCUGAUGGAGACAGCGGGAGCGGCAGGAGGGGCGUCGGCGGGGAACUGCACCCAGGGUAUGGUGGGGGGAGGGGCGAGUGGGGAGGGUAAGGUCGACAUCAACCAAAGUGGACACAAAGCAGAGAACCACAUGUUCACACCAGAGAUCCCCCUGAUGACCGGGAAAAGCAGUAUGUCCCCAACCUGUGAAACCAGCAUGUGACUGUAGGGGGCACUCUGGGGGAAAAGACUCACUGGAACUACAAUUAAAUAACCUGCUGAGAAAUACGAAGAAGAAUGAGAAGAAAGGGAGGAAAUAGGAGGAAAGUGAGAUGAGAGAAAAAGGGCCAGAUAGUGGAAGAGAUAUUUUUUGCAUGGCAUGACAAGUCCCUUUUACGUGUGUUGUUGUUUAUUGCUGAAACAGAGACUGCAGAGGUUUAUUGCUGAAACAGAGACUGCAGUAGUUUUGCAGACUUAAAACUUUGGAGCUCACAAAUCGAGAAACUCAUAUGGACAUAUUUAAGAGGAGGACAUUUUCAAUCCUGAUGUAUAUUUCAGUCUUGUUUCUUUUUUUCUAGCAACAGUGAAAAAUGCUUAUCUUUAAAAAAAAAAAGCAUGCAUUUAAAAAUAGAUAUAUAGGUAUAUUUGACGGUGCUUAGUUUGCUGAAAGCGCUCAACAUACUAUGACAACAAAGGCAAUGACAAUUCACAGAAGAAGAGGCAGAAAAAAAAUCUACGUUCGCCAAAGGUACAAAUAUUUCUAAUGUGAGGAGAAAGGGAGUAAUGCAUUGACAGACCUCAGACAGAGGCUUGUGUUCCAAAUGGCACCCUAUAGUACACUACUUUACACCAGAGCCCUAUGGCACCCUAUUCCCUAUACAGAGCACUACUUUAGACCAGAACCCUAAGGGGGUGUUGCAACGUAGCGACCUAUGACAAACAUAUCAUGACCUUUUCGUUUAAAUGCAACGUGUAAAAACCAUUGAUGACUAUGUCAUGUUUUUGUGUUGAUGAGAUUUAUGUAUGAACUGCAAUGUUAAAACAUGAAUGUCUUAGGUUUGCGUUAUAAUUGGUUUGGGUUUUCAGUGUAAUAAUGUCAUGCUCAAAAGACCUUCAGCUUAAUGAUGAUUAGUAUAUACGUUGGAAAUGAUGUUUCAAAAAAAUGAUAUACAACUGUAGUUGCCAAAAUAUGUAAUCAGUGAGGACAAACGGGGCAAACGCUUCAGCUACUAGCCUCAACUUAAUAAAUAAGUAUAUUUAUUUCAGCUUGGUUUCAGCAGGCGAGAUAGGGUUUUAGAAAGAAGAAAUCAUUAGGUCGGUUGAAAUACAACACUAUACCUCCUCUGCUUCUUGAUUCCAUCAAAAUAUCACACAAUAUAUUAUUUACUCUCUGACAAUGUGUACUUCUGAAUGUAGCUUUUACGAAUUUAAAUUCUAUGAAUACAAUAAAGUAGGAUUACAGUUAGUUAAGACAGUCCUAGAGGUGUAAUAGAGGGGCCUACAGUUAGUUAAGACAGUCCUAGAGGUGUACUAGAGGGGCCUACACUUAGUUAAGACAGUCCGAGAGGUGUUCUAGAGGGGCCUACAGUUAGUUAAGACAGUCCUAGAGGUGUUCUGGUGGGUUCUACAGUUAGUUAAGACAGUCCGAGAGGUGUUCUAGAGGGGCCUACAGUUAGCUAAGACAGUCCUAGAGGUGUACUAGAGGGGCCUACAGUUAGUUAAGACUGUCCUAGAGGUGUUCUAGUGGGGCCUACAGUUAAGACAGUCCUAGAGGUGUACUAGAGGUGCCUACAGUUAGUUAAGACUGUCCUAGAGGUGUUCUAGUGGGGCCUACAGUUAGUUAAGACUGUCCUAGAGGUGUUCUAGUGGGGCCUACAGUUAAGACAGUCCUAGAGGUGUACUAGAGGGGCCUACAGUUAGUUAAGACAGUCCUAGAGGUGUUCUAGUGGGGCCUACAGUUAAGACAGUCCUAGAGGUGUUCUAGAGGGGCCUACAGUUAGUUAAGACAGUCCUAGAGGUGUUCUAGUGGGGCCUACAGUUAGUUAAGACUGUCCUAGAGGUGUUCUAGUGGGGCCUACAGUUAAGACAGUCCUAGAGGUGUACUAGAGGGGCCUACAGUUAAGACAGUCCUAGAGGUGUACUAGAGGGGCCUACAGUUAAGACAGUCCUAGAGGUGUUCUAGAGGGGCCUACAGUUAGUUAAGACAGUCCUAGAGGUGUUCUAGUGGGGCCUACAGUUAAGCCAGUCCUAGAGGUGUUCUA